AUGACCGUCGACAUGGAAAAGUGCAAACGCAUAGUACAAUACUUCUGGGACCCAGAACCCAGAAAUGAUGUACCCGCGGCAUCGAUAUCGUGUCUGGGCAGGGAGUAUGCCCCCCCGCAACCACCCAGUGACCAGGCCAUCAAUAGCCCACACAGCCCGCCAAGACAGUUGGAUGAUAGCACAUUGAAUAACACAGCAUGGCCAAAGGCAUUUAUCUCCGAUUUUGGAUCGAGGAUCUGGAUCACAUACCGAUCAAAUUUCAUACCGAUUCCACGAACAAUGACACCAGAAGCAACAUCCUCAAUGACUCUUGGGUGUGUGCCACCAAAACCCAAGUCACAGAGCGAUACUGAUUAUAACAGGCUACUUUCAACCGAAAGCGAGACCCCCCAACUUAGGGUCUAUGUAACUAAUGACACCUCGGAUGUUUAUGAAGACAAAUUUGCACACGUGGCCCACGACAGAUCAGGUCGAAUUCAACCAACACUCAUCUUGAUUGGGACUAGGUUGGGGAUCGACAAUGUCACCCCAGCGUACUGGGACGGGCUACGAGCUGCGCUAACGUAUCCUCAAUCCGUUGGCAUUGCAGGCGGACGCCCAUCGGCAUCGCAUUACUUCGUGGGGGCUCAAGACUGCCACCUCUUUUUCCUUGAUCCGCAUACCACCCGACCUGCAACAUCAUACCGACCGAAUGGGCUUUACACCCAAGAGGAACUCGAUAGCUACUAUACCUGCCGACUGCGGAGAAUCCAUAUCAAGGAUAUGGAUCCCAGCAUGCUCGUUGGAUUUCUCAUCAAGGAUGAAGAUGAUUGGGCUGACUGGAAAGAACGAAUUCAAUCCACGCCUGGACAGCCCAUUGUGCACAUCUUCCCUAGCCAGCAUCAGUCAGAUCAUGGUCAUGGCCGGGCAGAGGCUCUGGAUGAAGUUGAGGUGCUGGACGAUUCAGACGAGACGGAGAUAUAG